UUUUUUUUUUGUGACAACCUCAAGAACAAAGACAGUGACUUUGGCUCCAAAGCUUCAAGACUGUGGCCUCCAGGAGGACCUGUCCACCAAAGGGUCGUCUUCUGCUGCUGACCCCCAUCAAAUCCCAUCAUGCCCACAGCCCUGUGCCCACGAGUCUUGGCUCCAAAGGAAAGCGAGGAGCCCAGGAAAAUGUGGAGUCCUCCUGGAGAGAACCCCAGCCCUCAGGGGGAGCCUCCCAGCCCGGAGUCCUCUCGACGCCUCUUCCGCCGCUUCCGGUACCAGGAGGCCGCGGGCCCCCGGGAGGCCCUGCAGCGCCUCUGGGAGCUGUGCCGGGGGUGGCUGCGGCUCGAGAGGCACACGAAGGAGCAGAUCCUGGAGCUACUGGUGCUGGAGCAGUUCCUGGCCAUCUUGCCGUGGGAGAUCCAGAGCUGGGUGCGUGCCCAGGAGCCUGAGAGUGGAGAGCAGGCUGUGGCUGCGGUAGAGGCUCUGGAACGGGAGCCAGGGAGACCCUGGCAGUGGCUCAAGCACUGUGAAGACCCGGUGGUAAUUGACGAUGGCGAUGGGCCUGGGCCUCAGGACCUAGAACAAGAUCGCAUAUCUACAGAGUCCCAGAGCAACCCUGAUACCCAGCCUGUGGUCCUAGCACAGGGCCCGGGGCUCCUAAGCAGACCGCCAUGCCAGCCUAGCGAGGACCCAGUUCCACAAGAUGUUUUCCUUGUUCAGGAGCAGAGUGUCAGGGAUGUCCAACCGGUGACCACCUGCCAGCUGCCCCCGAACCGAGUUUCACCAUUCAAGGACAUGAUCUUAUGCUUCUCAGAAGAGGACUGGUCCCUUCUGGAUCCGGCACAGACUGGUUUCUAUGGGGAAUUCAUCAUUGGGGAAGACUACGGGGUUUCCAUUUCUCCAAAUGACCCUGCAGUUCAGCCAAACCUCUCACCUGAAGAGGAGACUGGGCUACGGAUUACGGAGUUGCCAGACCUCCAGGGUAAAGAAGUCCCCCAGACUUCCUGCUUAGACCUUCCCAGUCUCCAGCCACUCCAAGUAGAAGAAAGAAGGAAAUGGGAGGAGCUGCCGGUGCCAGAGCCCCAGGCCUGCCAGCAGGUGGUGCUCACUCAGAGUCCUUGCCCAGCAGCAGGCGACCCACCACCCCUAAAGAGCAGCCUGGAUCAGGAGGUGACCAUCGAAAUUGUGCUGUCCAGCUCUGGGGAUGAGGAUUCCCAGCACAGCCCAUACUGCACAGAGGAGCUGAGGAGCCCUACGGAGGACCCCCACAGUCUCCCGGCCUACCGGAGCAGCACUGGGGCUGAGGGUGAGGUGCAAACCUCACAAAAGUCUUAUGUGUGUCCAAACUGUGGGAAGAUCUUCCGCUGGAGGGUUAACUUCAUCCGGCACCUGCGCAGCCUCAGGGAGCAAAAGCCACACAAAUGCUCAGUGUGUGGGGAGUUGUUCAGUGACAGCGAGGACCUGGACGAACACCUGGAGACCCAUGAGGUCCAGAAGCCCUACAGGUGCACUGCCUGCGGAAAGAGCUUCCGCCUCAACUCUCACCUGCUCUCCCACCGGCGGAUCCACUUACAGCAACCAGUGAAGAAGAGUGAAGGCGAUGCAUCGGAAACAGAGGCCAGUGGUGCCCACUCCCUGCUGGAGAAAAGCAAGGCCAAGCUGGGCUUCCAGUGUGGGGACUGCGAGAAGAGCUUCCAGCGACACGACCAUCUGGUGAGACACCGUAGGCACUGUCACCUGAAAAGUGAGGCCCGUCCCCUCCAGUGUCGGUACUGUGUCAAAACUUUCCGGCAGAAUUGUGACCUCCUCCGCCAUGAGCGCCUGCACAUGAAGCGUCGCUCCAAGCAGGCUCUAAACUCUUACUGAGGGGGGUGUGGUCCCAUAAGCUAGCCCCUGCCCCAGCCCGGAGCCCUUACCACCUGCCCUUUGCUCUCAGGUAGUGUCCAACUUCUGGUGCCAUGCCUCUUCCUCUCCAGGUGAAAUGUAGCCCCUGAUCAUUCCUUCUACUGUGCCAAACCCAGGGAGGUGAGGCAACUCGAGCCUCAAGACCUGCAUCGUAGAGACCUCCAGCUCUCAGAAGGACUGGGCUGUCCUUAUCCCAGUGGCUUCUAAGGUUGGGGUGCAUACAGAAGGGAGCUAGCCAAAAGCAC